CAAUGCUAAUAUUGUUUAUUAUUGGUGUGAGUGCUGUUAAUGUCACGCUAUUCUAAGCUGAUUCUGCACUCUACUCUCCCUAAUUUUGUCUCAUGCGUAAUUCGAAUCUAGAAGGCAAAGAUUGGUUAGAAACCAUAUUUGCAUUAUCAGAAAAGGGACGAAUUUACAAAAGUGUAGAUAAUGGAUAUAAAUGGAGUGAUGAAACUCUUAUUUUAGAGAAGAUGGGAAUAAAUGAUUGGUUUUAUGAGAUCCAAACAUCUCCUGCUAAUAAAGAAGUAGUUUAUAUAUUUGGUAAAAAUGGAACAGGAAUAAGAUCAGAAGAUUGUGGAUUACAUUAUACGUGGUUUACAUUUCCAAGUUCUUUUUCUGAUUUUAAAUUGAAUUCAAUGGAUGAUGAAUGGAUGUUAGCAUUUUCUAAUUGUGAAAGAUGUCAUCCUCCCUUUAAUAAAGAAGUACAUAAAUCAAAUGAUGGAGGUAAAACUUGGUAAUGGAUUCUCAGUUCAGCUAUGAUGGCUUCAUGGGAUAAACUUAUAGAUAGUGAAUUGAUACCAGAUGAAAGAAUUGUUGCAUGUCAUUUAGAAUACAAUUAAAGUAGAGUCACAUAUUCAGACGAUUAUUAUAAUUCAUAUAAGAUUAUCCACAAUAAUGGUACUGGUUUCUUUUAAACUCAAUUUCAUAUGUUUGUAAUAUCUAAAUUUUAAUCUGCCUAUAGAUUACAUGUAGCACCUGCAUUUUAUGAUUAUGCUCAAAUGAUCAAUAUAUCCAUUCCUUUUGAUUAAUAAUACUCUUAUACAUUAUUAGACACAGAAUCAGAAUCAAUCUUUUUAUCUAUAUCUCAUAAUCAAACUAAUAAGAAACUCACAAAUAUAUAUACAUCUGAUUUUUAAGGAUUCAAAUUCACCAUUUCCUUAUUGAAUAAUGUAAGAUCCUUGAAUACAGGUUAAUGUGAUUUUGAAAAGAUUGAAAGUCUUAAAGGUGUUUAUAUAGCUAAUAUUUAUGAUCAUGAAAAACUAAAAGUUGUAAAGGAAUCUGAUCUUGAAAAAUAUAAAAAAACAGUUAUUACAUUUGACAAAGGAGCAAUUUGGCAUCCACUUAAAGCACCUGAAACUGAUGUCAAUGGAUAAUAGAUUCAUUGUAGUGGAGAUUGUUCAUUACAUCUUCAAGGAAGAAGUGUUAGCAAAAUAUAUAGAGAAUCUAAAGCAAUUGGAUUGAUUAUGGCAUCAGGAAAUAUUGGAUUGUAUUUAGAAGAAAAAACUAUUAAUACAUAUUUUUCAAGAGAUGGAGGUAUGACAUGGUAUGAAGUAAGAAAAGGACAUCAUAUUUAUUCAUUUGGUGAUAGAGGUGGUAUAAUUGUUAUGGCUAAGGCAAAAUCUUUAACUGAAGAAUUGUUGUAUUCAUGGGAUGAAGGUUUAUCUUGGGAUUCCAUAAAGAUUCCAAAAAUGAUUGUUACUUCUAUUACAAGCAGAAGUUUGUAUAUCAAUUUCAUUAUUACAGGAAUUGAUGAAAAAAGAAAAGGUGUAAUAUUGAAUGUGGAUUUCACUACAUUACAUUAGCGUAUUUGUAGUGGUAUUUGGGAUCCAUUAGAUCCAGAUAGUGAUUAUGAGUUUUGGAUACCAAAAAAUUAUGAAAAUGGUAAAUGUCUUUUUGGAUAAAAAUUUCGUCAUACUCGUAGAAAAAGGGAUGCUAAAUGUUUCAAUCAAUAAUCAUAUGAUAAAUUAUAGUAUAUUGAUUCUUGUGAAUGUACAAUAGAAGAUUGGGAAUGUGAUUAUGGAUUUUAUCAUAAAAUUGAUGGUGGACCUUGUGUACCUAUAGCUUCAUUAUUUGAAGAGGAUUAAUACAUAGAUAUUUUAAAACCUCCUGAGAAUUGUACUGGCACAUAUAUGAAAUCUUAAGGUUAUAGAAAGAUUGUAGGAGACUUUUGUACAGGAGGGUAUUAUUAAUAAUAAAUAUUAUAAGUGUUGAUUUGGAUCCAAUUGAAACACCAUGUGAAGAUGGAUUACAAUAAAGUUUAUCAAAUUAGACUUAAGCAUUACCAUAAAAUUCUUUUAAGAAAGAAUAGAUUUUUAAUGAGACUGUGUAGGUUGAAGUAAAUGGUAAUGUUGGGAUUCAACUUAAUAAUUCAAUUUAUAUUGGAAUAUUGAUUACUUUGAUUGCUUUCUUUGGUUUUGUGUUCUUGAAGAAAAUGAAGGCUAAAGAGAGUUUAGAUAUGAAGAAAGAUUAUUAUUCUAAUUUUGAGAGAGGAGAACGUAUUAGUUUGAGGGAAGAUGAUGAUGAUAAUGGCAUUUGAUU